AUGUGGGGCCACGGUACGUGUGGGGCUGUGCUAGGGCACGGGGAGCCUGUGGGGCCGUAUUGGGGUGCCCUAGGGCACGUGUGGGGCUGUGCUAGGGCACAGGGAGCCUGUGGGGCCAUAUUGGGGUCCCUGGGGCUGUAUUGGGGUGCCCUAGGGCACGUGUGGGGCUGUGCUAGGGCACGGGGAGCCUGUGGGGCCAUAUUGGGGUCCCUGGGGCCGUAUUGGGGUGCCCUAGGGCACGUGUGGGGCUGUGCUAGGGCACAGGGAGCCUGUGGGGCCGUAUUGGGGUCCCAGGCACUAUUUUGGGGUGCAGGGAGCUGUGGGGUGCCCCUGGAGCUGUAUUGGGGUUCCUGGGGCUGUAUUGGGGUCCCAGGGAACUCUUUUGGGGUUCCAGGUGCUGUUUUGGGGUCCCAGCGACCGUGGGGGCUGUAUGGGGCUAUACUGGGGUCUGUGGGGCUGUACUGGGGUGCAGGCAGCCGCAGGGACCGCGUGGGCCCAUUUUGGGGUCCCAGGGCCCGUUUUGGGGUCCCAGGGCCCGUUCUGGGGUGCAGGCAGCCGCAGGGACCGCGUGGGCCUGUUUUGGGGUGCCAGGGUCUGUUUUGGGGUGCCAGGGUCUGUUUUGGGGUGCCAGGGUCUGUUUUGGGGUGCAGGCAGCCACAGGGACCGCGUGGGCCUGUUCUGGGGUGCCAGGGCCUGUUUUGGGGUGCAGGCAGCCGCAGGGACCGCGUGGGCCUGUUUUGGGGUGCCAGGGUCUGUUUUGGGGUGCAGGCAGCCACAGGGACCGCAUGGGCCUGUUUUGGGGUGCCAGGGUCUGUUUUGGGGUGCAGGCAGCCGCAGGGACCGCGUGGGGCCACUCCGGUGCCCCUGGGAGCUCUCUUGGGGCCGUGUCGGGGUGCGGGGGGCCGCGGGGCGCCCCUGGCGCCGUGCGGGGGUGCGGGGGGGGGCCGUGUCGGGGUGCAGGGGGGCGCCGGGGGGGCCGCGGGCGGGGGCUGAGCCCUGCCCCC